UUGAUAAAUCGGUCACACUGGGUACCAAGUAAAUUAAUUCGACGCCGCACGUACCGGGAGCAUUUAAAUUUUUUCUGUGGAUUAAUUUAACUAAAAAGGAUUAAACAUCAUGACUGAACGCGAGAACAAUGUCUACAAGGCAAAAUUGGCUGAGCAGGCCGAGCGGUACGAUGAAAUGGUCGAGGCCAUGAAGAAGGUCGCUUCCAUGGACGUCGAGCUGACUGUCGAGGAGCGUAACUUGCUGUCCGUCGCAUACAAGAAUGUGAUCGGAGCCCGACGUGCUUCAUGGCGUAUCAUCACCUCGAUCGAGCAGAAGGAGGAGAACAAGGGGGCCGAGGAGAAGCUGGAGAUGAUCAAAACCUACCGCGGCCAGGUGGAGAAGGAGCUGCGCGACAUCUGUUCGGACAUACUGAAUGUGCUCGAGAAACAUCUCAUUCCAUGCGCCACAUCCGGCGAAAGCAAAGUAUUCUACUAUAAGAUGAAGGGUGACUACCAUCGCUAUUUGGCCGAGUUCGCCACCGGCUCGGACCGCAAGGAUGCGGCAGAGAACUCGCUGAUUGCCUACAAGGCAGCUAGCGACAUUGCCAUGAACGAUCUGCCCCCAACACACCCCAUUCGCUUGGGCUUGGCAUUGAACUUCUCGGUGUUCUACUAUGAGAUUCUCAACUCGCCGGAUCGUGCAUGCCGCUUGGCGAAAGCCGCUUUCGACGAUGCCAUUGCCGAGUUGGAUACACUGAGCGAAGAGAGCUACAAAGACUCGACACUCAUCAUGCAGCUGCUGCGCGACAACCUCACAUUAUGGACGUCCGAUAUGCAGGCAGAAGUAGACCCCAACGCAGGUGAUGGCGAGCCGAAGGAGCAAAUUCAGGAUGUUGAGGAUCAGGAUGUGUCGUAAUUUAAGUAAACCCCCGCCCUUCCAUUUAAAACACAUAAUAUACCUUCUAAAGUAAAUAUAAUACCAUAUAAUAUAUAUGCAUACAUCAAACCACAACAACACGACAACAGAACAACAACAACCAGAACGAACCACAAAAGAGGUACCAGAAACAGCACUACAAAAGAUCAGCAGCCGAUCCUUUGGAGCAUCGAUAAUCGACAAUCGAGAAAAAACCGAUCGAUAAUCGAUACUACAAAGAACACUAAACCUAACCAGAAGCAGCGCCACAACACGGACAAGCACAAACAAGAAACACAUUUGGGGCGGCAACCUGGUAGUAGUGGGCGUGGUAGUUUGCAAUGAAACGUACCCCCACUCCUCAGUGAAGGCAAGCGCGCUGGCAUCUGGCAUCCUCUCCCAACAGCAGCAGCAACAUCAGCAAGAAACAGCUCUACUAAAUUUAACAUUUUGCAUUCGAGAAACAAGGCAUUAUAUUAUAUUUAAAUAAAUAUUAUAUUUAAUUAUGAGAAGCAAAAAACAAACAAAUAAACUUCAUUUAAACCACACGAAAACACACACGAAACAAAAACGAAAACGAAAGCAGCAAGAAAAGAUCGGAGUUGAGAAGCAAACAAUCAGAAAAGAAGGCAAUUUUCAACGCGUGUAGUGGCAUGCGCGCAUUCAUUUCGAAAAAAAAACUAAUUCACGAGUUGGCAUGCAUUAAUUUUAAAAAACUAAUUCAGCAGCAAAACCACAUCAAAAGAAGUUUAAAAAAAAAAAAACACAGAUAAACAGCAACACUUAAAAUACAACUUUAAUUUUAAGCCAAUAAUAAAACGAAAAAGAAGAAAGUAUAAAAAACCAUUUAAUAAGCGCAAAAGUAAAAGUAAAACAUAAAAAAAGUCGAAAAUGUAAGGAAAAAUACAGCAAUUAAUUUAAAUUUAAAACAAAUAAUAAAGAAGAUUAAAAUGAGAGAGUCAAAACAAACGGAAUAAGGAUAGAAAAGAAUGCGAAAUAAUGCUAAAAACUAUAUUAAACGAGAAAAGGGAAUGUUAGUUAAGCGAAAUUCAUAAAACGAAUUCUUAAGCUUAAAUUUGUAUGUAUGUAAGUGUAUUGUUCAACACUGACACUCGCACAGACACACACACACUCACCUCACCAAAACACAACCGUACACACAGACACAACACACUCGCAUACCGAGCCGUUUGUUUUCUCUUUUUGUGUGCUCUAUUACAACACCACUUAUCGAACGGUACUUUAGUUGUUUUCCGUUAUUUGCCUUUUUGCUUCCUGUGUUUUUCCAUUGCAAUCGCAA